UUUUAAGCCCGCCUUCUUGCGAGAGUUGCGAAAUCGAGCCAAUCAAAAUCGAAGCUGGAAAACCUCCACCAAUAGGAAUCGUCGAAGGCGUGGCCUAAUCGAGCCAUGUUCCGUGUGGAAAGUUUACCGGCUCGGGUGCAAAGUUUCAGCCGUCUGCAAAUCAAGGGUUGUCGGCGAACGAUUUAAGAAUAUGCUGGUGACGACUACGGUUUACCACUAAGUAACUAGACCCGUUUCUGGGAUAAAUUCCCCCAGUGGUCGCCUUCUGGUCAGAGCCGAGGGAUGCCCGCGUUGGUAGAUACUAGCCGUGAAUGAAGACGCUGUUAGCCGUGUAUUGUCUCAGGGAGCCAGCUAGCUCAACGUCGGUGGUUAGCUUGGAGUGUUGAACCGGAGAGCUGGGAAGAAGACACCGGGGGAACUACACGUUAAAUUGAACCCUGACUCGACGAAGGACUGCUAGGAAAAACAAGGAAAAUGGCUUGUGAGCCUAACCGCGUUCGGCUGCUCUGCAUGCUCUCAUUGACUUUCGGGUUUUUCAUCGUGGAAGUGGUGGUCAGCCGGAUGACUUCAUCCUUAUCAAUGCUGUCCGACUCCUUCCACAUGCUGUCGGAUGUCAUCGCCUUGGUAGUGGCUCUGGUGGCGGUGAGAUUCGCUGAAAAAACCCAGGCGACCAACAAAAACACCUUCGGGUGGAUCCGGGCGGAGGUGAUGGGGGCUCUGGUGAACGCAGUCUUCCUCACUGCGCUGUGCUUCACCAUUGUGCUGGAGGCUGUGGAGCGCUUCACCGAGCCCCAGGAGAUCGAGAGCCCGCUGGUGGUGGCCGGGGUGGGUGCCGCGGGGCUGCUGGUCAACCUGCUCGGGCUGUGCUUGUUCCACGGGCACGCAGGUGGGGGCCACGGACACUCUCACGGAGGAGGUCACGGACACUCGCAUGGAAACAAGAAUAAGAGGGGAAAGAAGAGUCAGAAGGCUGGGAACGGGUCUACUUUGGAGGAGACCAACAACCUGGUGGGGAAUCACAGCAGUCCGGGUGAGGCGAGACAGAGAAAUGAAAUCAGCCAUAAAGCCAGCGCAGAGGUGCAGAUGAAUGGCAACACACACUAUGAAGAGAUGGACCACGAACACGACCACGACUCAUCAGCACAGCUCAACAUGCGCGGGGUCUUCCUGCACGUGUUGGGUGACGCCCUCGGCUCUGUUAUUGUGGUGGUCAAUUCUUUAAUAUUUACCUUUGUGUGGCAGCCCUGCAAAGCUGAUGAAGCAUGCAUAAACCCGUGUAUUAACAGCCACACCACAGACCACCAGCAUGUCAACCACACGCUGGUUGAUCUGUUGAAAGGUCCGACCAUGUCACCCAUGACAUUCGCUGGUCCCUGCUGGGUUCUCUACCUGGAUCCCACGCUCUGCCUCAUCAUGGUGUGCAUCCUGCUGUACACCACCUACCCACUGCUCAAAGAGUCUGCCCUUAUACUGCUGCAGACCGUGCCUAAGCAGAUCAACAUGCACCGGCUCAAUGAGCGACUGCUGGGUCUAGACGGAGUCCUGGCCAUCCACGAGCUUCACAUCUGGCAGCUGGCGGGCAGCCGCAUCAUCGCCACAGCGCACAUCAAGUGCCACGACCCCACAUCUUACAUGGACGUGGCCAAGCGUAUUAAGGACUUUUUCCACGACGAGGGCAUCCACGCCACCACCAUCCAGCCCGAGUUUGUCACGUUCAGCUCGGAGUCUCGGGACUCCCUGUGCGAGCUAUCCUGUCGGACUCAGUGUGCUCCUAAGCUGUGCUGUGGCUCUGCUGACAAACAGAACCCAGGCGCCGGCGACAGGAAGGCCAGCAGUGACUGCAAGGCUGCCGCCUCAGCCCUGGAGGUGAUCAGCGAGACCACAGAGCAGGAGGAAGCCAUUCAGGUGCUCCCGCGCUCGGAAGCAGAGGUCAUGAUCGCGAGAGAGGUGGAGUCGUCUCUGUGAGAUGGAGGGGAUUGAGAGAAACAGAGGAGGAGCUGGAAAGUCACAACAUCAGGCUAAAAUUCUCAUUGUCAUUGGUGCUGUUAUCUUUUUGAGCUGUGGCUCUGUCGCGGAAAUAAUUUUACUCAGCCUUUUUAUUCCCAGUCACAGCCUCCUGUUGUGGGUGAAAGUCCGAAACCCCUUUCACGUUAAUGCAUUUGAGCCGUUUCCCAUCUUUUAUCCCUCUUUUUGCUUUCCUUCCUUCCAUCCCCUGCCCUCCCUCUCAGCCUCUCCUCUGCCACUUCACCCCUCUCUCAUGCUAUCUGUUGCCCUGGCAGUGAGGCGUCGAUGCAUGUUGGGGGUUUCACCGACCUUAUCUCCUCCAGGACCAGAGCGAGGCCUGCAUGAGUAUCCCUCAUUAGCACCGUGUUGUGAUGUGUCAUCUUCGCCCAUGGUGUUUCUGUGCCAAAGCUUCUCACUGCAGGACUGAAAAAGGAUCCGAGACACGGCCUCUCAGCCAAAAGGACUCACACAAUGAAUGCAAGUCAGAGCACACAUCACUAGGUUAUGUUAUUUAGCCUAUGGACCUGUUGGCAAAGAGUACCUUUGUUGUUUAUAGUGUAGGCUUUGAGCAGAUCUAUUUUCUUACUCUCUGGCCCCAAAUGGAAGAGUAUUGUAUUGCAUACUAAUUUAAGUAUUUAAGUUAUUAGAAAUGAUCUAUUUCUCUCUGUAGAUGCUGUUUGUAAUAUUUAGUUUGGAUCAUAGAAACAGUUUUGCAAUUUUUCUUUCUGUCUUGAAUAUUUUGACAGACCAUCUAUGCUGUAGUCAUUUUUUUCCAAAUGUGAUGUUUUUUAAUGAUUCUGUUUCUUGAGACUUUCCUCUGGCCUUGAUUCAAUUUUAAUUGCAGUCAUAAGUUAGAUACAAAAGCCGUAUCUUCAACCUCUCUCACCAAGCCUUUUAAACACAAACAACUGCUGCGGUAUAGCACUGAGUACAUUAGACAGAGACUAACGUAACUUCUAGCAAUUACACACUCACCUAAUUUCAAUGUUCCUUUUUAAUUUUGAUGCCUUGCAAGCCAGAGGGUUGAGUCUGUUGUGGAGCAAUUAGCACUGUACGCUAUUCUGAGGAAUGAAACACUAUUCUCUGUAUGAUUCUGUUCUGGAAAGCUUUCUGGUGGUGGCUGUUGAUUUAGGUUAAAUAUCUUGAUGAAUGUGUCCAGCACCUCGUCACAAAGCCAUGCUGGAGUUUGAUAUUUCCAGGACGUUCUACUAUGUUUGCAUGACCAAACUGAGACCUGGUGUUUGACUUUUAGGAGCAUCACCAUGAGCUCCUGUUGCUGCUUACCAGUUCCUGCUGGUAUCUCCUCCUCCUCCCCACACACACAUACAUUACCCAUAACUGUGUAGGAAAUGACUCAUCUUGUAGUUGUUCUGUCCUCUGCUGUGGAUGACUGAGCCGGCUGUUUUUUGCUGAAUCGAAGUCCAUACUGUGGCCUUUGAAAUUUUAUGACUUUCACUCAUCACCACAGAUAUCAUUAGAAGGUGAUCCAUCAGAAUUCCACUCCUGAUUAAAUGUGUAUGCAAUAUAGAACUGUGUGCUGGGAAAUAUAUUUUGACGAGUUCCUUCAUUUGUAAUGUUGGGUCACUUUUAUUCUGUGUCUUUGAAGACUUGAGCUCUAUGUGCAAAUUGAAACAAGUGUUUUUUUAAUUUUAGAUAUGACAUGUCAACUGAUGUGUUUUUGAUAUACUAUAUAUCUACAGUACUGUCCAAUGUGUCAUUGUGAAAUAAAAAUAUGGCUGUUUGGUACAGUUGAUGAACCAAA